AUGUCGCAGUUCAAUAUUCGAGAAGCACGGGAGCAAGACGUGGAUAACAUAUUCCGGAUGCUGAAAGAAUUGGCCGCAUACUUGAAGGAGCCGGAUGCUGUGAAAUCAACACCAGAAACUUUAAGACGAGAUCUGCAACUGUACAAGUGCUUAGUGGUAGAAGAUCUCUCAAAUGGUGAAUCCUCAACUAAGCCCUUGAUAGGAUAUGCAGCGUAUUCGGACAAAUUUACCAUGUGCGAUGGACGGUUGACAGUUCUAGACAACUUGUUUGUUGCUCCGGAGAAAAGAGGCAAAGGCAUUGGAACAAGAUUAUUGGACAUGGUAUCAAAGGAUGCUGCAGCAAACGGUUGUAAUGGAAUAGAAAUUCUAGCCCAUGGUUGGAAUUCAAGGGCAAUGGCUUUUUAUAAAAAAAGAGGUGCUAUAGACGUUACCGAAAACAAGGAUUGGCAUUAUGUUCAGAUACCACUGAAAAGUCAGACAAAGAUGGACAAUUAA